AUGAUUGCGCAACACCUGACCUCCGGAUGCUCUCGCGAUGCAAACUGGGACCGGGGAAGCGGGACAGCAAGCAUCGAGGAUGAAAAAUCGUUGGAGGAUGAAACAUGUGCCGCGAUACCACAAACGCGCCGUAUUGGCGUGUGUGGGCGUGCGGGCGAAGCCAUAAAAUGCCGCUACGACGACGUAUAUCAAUCAAUACUCGACGUUGUGCUUCGAGAUGCACUGGAUGUGGGAACCAGAGCGACCCCGGCCUCAAAGCUUGCUUUUGUCUGCCGCCAGGGAUACUCCAACGGCCGCAGGCACCCCCCCGGGCCACCUCGACAUGCAACGGUACAGUGCAUGGUAGGCCUGUCCUUGCCACCAGAUGGUCUCUCCGCUGAUUGUCACACCCCUGGAGUUCAAACCGACGUUCAUUACGCACGCUACCCUACCAUCUUAUCUCCUGGACAUGGGGAUAUCCCGUUGAUCCGCUCGGCGUCCGCAUUGGGCUGCAAGCUUUCGCUCAAGGUUGUUGGAAGCGACCAGACUUCAAACAUGGACGUCUCCACCCAGCUCUAUGGUGUGCAAAAGGCUCGACCACACAUGAGAACCCGGUCCCGCUGAGCACCCAUGUCCGCUACAAUGAUGC